AUGGAUAGAGUGAUUUCUGAAAGCUGGGAUUCGCCAUCGCAGUUUGGAACCACUUGGAAUGGACUGAAUUUCACUGCAAUGCAAUCUUUUCUUGACGCCAACUGGGACAAGACUUGUACAGAUCAACUUACACAUUUUGAACCAGUUUUAAGCUCCAAUUCAAGGUUUUCAAAUGAUUUUGCCCUCCGGGGGUUGAUGAAGUUGGGUAUUGGGAAUUCCGGCGGGUUUCCAACGACUGCAACCACCGCCACUGCCGCCAUGGCGGCGGCUACUAAUGCUAAUAGUACCAACAAUACUUGCUAUAGUACGCCCUCAAACUCUACCCCUAAGCUGCAUUUCCCGAUUCUUGAUCAAAUUAACGCGCGCCAUUUGGGGAAUUCACUGCCUCCGACUCCUCCUCUGCCUGCACUUUCCUGUGAUCCAGGUUUCGUGGAGAGGGCAGCCAAGUUUUCGUGCUUUGGCAGCCGGAGUUUCAAUGGUAGAACAAGUCCAUUUGAAUCAAAUAAUGCUAUGUGGAAUGGGAAUUUAACCCGAGUUUCGAGUAGUCCUUCUCUUAAACAAGCUGGAUCUCCUGUGGAAAACAAGAAUUUGAAUCAAUCACAGAUGGAAUUGAGGUCUCUUAAUGGGGUGGUUGAUAAGAAAUGGAGUAAAUUAUCAGGGGCAGGAAAAGAAAAGCUGCUUCUAAAGGAAAAGCCAAGGAAGAUACAUCAACUUCAGCUAAUGGAUUUGAAGAUUACAACAAUCCAAAUACGAAGCGAUCAAAGCCUCGAGAAAUUAGCAAAAAUGAAAAAUGAUGAUGUUAAAACGGAGGAGGAAGCUAAGCGGAAUCUAAAUGGUGCUGAGGAUGAAAGUGAGAAACAAAAGGCUAAUCAAAAGCCCCCCGAGCCACCAAAGGAUUACAUUCAUGUCAGAGCAAGAAGGGGUCAAGCCACCGACAGCCACAGUUUAGCAGAAAGAGUUCGACGAGAGAAAAUCAGCAAAAGAAUGAAGCUUCUCCAGGAUAUCGUACCAGGCUGCAAUAAGGUGACUGGAAAGGCUCUAAUGCUUGAUGAAAUCAUUAACUAUGUUCAGUUGCUACAACGCCAAGUUGAGUUCCUGUCUAUGAAAUUAACCUCUCAGUAA